AGUUCUUUGUCUGAUACAUGUUUUCUGGUAAUCUCCCAGCCUUCGGUAAUGAAGUACUUCUGAAGGCCAUGCACAUGUUCGCCUGUGGUUUGUUUGUUUGUUUGUUUGUUUUAUUUUUUUGUUUUGUUUUUGUUUUGGUUUUGGUACCGGGAAUUGAACUCACGGCCUUGCACUUACCAGGCAGGUGCUUAGGCUGCUGAGCUAAAUCCCUGGCCCUCUCCUGUGUUCUUGAUAAAUAGAGGUCACAAAGACCUUUUCCCUUUACCUCACAUAUUUUUCUAUCUGCACCUUUGAAGUAAGCAACUACUACUUUUAUAAGUUAACAUUAUUAGAAGAAAACAUUGUUUUAAUGUUCACAUCAAAUAAAAUAAGAAAGGAUUCUGGGGUAGGCAGGACUGGAGCCAUUGCUGGUUUCUGCCCCAAGAGGGCUACACUGCUGUGUUCUGCUUUUCAGAAAAGCUUAGUCAACACACCUGUGAUCCCAGCGCUCUGGGAGGCUGCGGCAGGAGAAUGGCAAGCUGGAGUCCCACCCAGGCAGUUUGACAACUUGGCAAGAACCUGUCUCAAAAGAGGGGAAGGGGCUGGGAAUGUAGCUCAGUGGGAAGGUGCUGGUUCAGUUCCUACUACUGGGGGCAGGGGACCAAUUUAGUGAACCCUGGAGGCUGUGGGAUGGAAGCCUGGGCUGGGGUCCUGCUGGAGCAGGCCUGGGUACUAGUGGUUUUUGGGAUUCUUGGGAAAGUAAAGCCACUGUCUUGAGUCCCCAAGGAGGCUGGAGGUGAGCCCUACCCUUCUGUGGCAGGCAGAGCCCCUGGGAGCUCCACUGGCACAGAGCAUCGGGGUGUAAAAGGGGCACCACCUUGCCCUCAGAUGGGCAUCUCUUCCGCAGGACAAGCCGUUGCCCACAGACCUCUGUCUUCCAGGAGCAGCACAGCCAGCCCAAGGCCCAGCGUGAGGCAGCGAUGGCACUGAGCCCAGAGUCCACAUGCAGCUUCCCCCUGCUGGCUGAGACCGGCAGCCCUGUGCCAGAGCUGCCCGGUGGCCUCAAUGGAUCCUUGAACAGUUCCUGGGUCAGCCCAACAGAGCACAGCUCCCUGCAGGAUCUGGUGGCUGUAGGGAUCCUGGGGGCUGUGCUCUCCGCCAUGGGUGUCCUGGGCGUGGCAGGCAACAUGUACACGCUAGUGGUUGUGUGCCGCUUCCUGCAGACCUCCGCCUCCAUGCACAUCUACGUGGUCAACCUAGCCCUGGCUGACCUGCUUUACCUGCUCAGCAUCCCCUUCAUCGUGGCCACUUACAUCACCAAGGACUGGCGCUUCGGCGAUGUGGGCUGCCGCGUCCUCUUCAGCCUGGACUUCCUGACCAUGCACGCCAGCAUCUUCACCCUGACUGUCAUGAGCAGUGAGCGUUACGCGGCGGUGCUCAGGCCUCUGGACACUGCACGGCGCUCCAAGGGGUACCGCAAGCUGCUUGUGCUGGGCACCUGGCUGCUGGCCUUCCUGCUGACCCUGCCCAUGAUGCUGGCCAUCCGGCUGGUCCCCCGGGGCCCCAAGCACCUCUGCCUGCCAACUUGGGGUCCACACGCCCACCGCGCCUACCUGACAAUGCUCUUUGGGACCAGCAUCGUGGGGCCAGGCCUGGUCAUUGGGCUGCUGUAUGUGCGCCUGGCCCGUGCCUACUGGCAGUCGCAGCAGGCCUCCUUCAAGCAGACACGGCGGCUGCCCAGCCCAAGAGUGCUGUACCUCAUCCUGAGCAUCGUGCUGCUCUUCUGGGCCUGUUUCCUGCCCUUCUGGCUGUGGCAGCUGCUGUCCCAGUACCUCGAGGCCCUGCCCCUCGCACCCCACACCACACGCAUAGUCAACUACCUGACCACCUGCCUCACCUACGGCAACAGCUGCAUGAACCCUUUCCUCUACACGCUGCUCUCCAAGAACUUCCGUGAGCACUGGCACCGCCGCUCACAUGCCCCGAAGAGCAGCCGCGGCCGUGGGGAUGUGGGCGGCACCAACUCCCUGCUCAGCCGGACCCACACUCAGGGCGACUUGGGCCACUCGCUAUCCUCCAGCAGCCAGCAGGCCACUGAGAUCCUGCUGCUGUCCCCGGCCCCCGGAGGGGCCUGUGUCUGAGCCACUGGGGGGCAGCGUGGGGAAGGGGUGUGAGAGGUCAGGCUGGGAAGCCUGGCAGAAUCCCACUCCUGGCCCUGCCACCCCUCAGUCCGCUUCCUAACAGCUCCCUGCUGUCCUCCCCAUGACUUCCCUUGGCUUCAUCAGUUCCUCCCAACAAUGCCAGUGUCCCAUGCACAGGUCACCUCCAGGGCUUUCAGGGGCCUCCUGCCGAGACCUGGCUUCUGCAGACGGUGAGCUGAGCACCCCACACCAUCUUCCACCCAGAGCACAGGAUGCCAACACCUGCUGUGCACCUGCCUCGCCCACCUGUCCCGCCUGGCUUCUGCUGUCCUCCUCCUUCAGCACUUGGGCAAUAAAUCCAAAGGAAGAAAGGGUGUCCCAGGCCCGGGAGGGGCCCAGGCACACAGAGGAGUCCAUCUGCCGUUGAGGACUGUGCUGGCCCUGUGGCUUGUCCUGCUUGUCAUCAGGGUAGGGAAGAUGGGUGGAAGGGCAGGCCUGGGCAGGAUAGGCCAGGGGUGGGAGGAGGACCACCCAGCUGUGACCACAUCAGAGAACACAGGAGGCAAGCUUGGGCGGCUCGAGUUGGCAGUAAUGACACUCAUGGUGCCCAACAGCCAAUUGCCCUGGCCUCUCCUCUGCCACCAUUCUCUCCCUGUUCCAUAACCAGACCUGGGAACAGUGCUGAUGUCCCCUCCCUGUCCCCCCACAGCCAGCCCCUAGGGAACCUUGGGAAGAGGACACCUGUUCCCCCCUCCACAGGGGGGUCCUGGGAAGCAGAGCCUUAGGAUGGGAAGACCCAGAGAGAGAACAGUCACUGCCAGGACAGGUGCCCAUGUCGGUGACCCACGUGUCCAGGAAGAGGCAGGCCCAGGAUGCAGGGUGUUUCUGGACUUAGGUGGUCAUGCUGGACAGUGCCUGGACCCAUGUGCUUCACCAGGCUAAGACAGCAAGUUUGUGACAAGUAUUUUACCUUAAAAACAGAAAGGGCUGGUGUGCAGUAGCUCAUUGGUAAAGUGCCUGCCUCAUGUGCACCAGGCCCUGGAUUCUACCCCACGUCACAGGACAAACAAGCCAAGACAAAAGUGGGGGCUAGUGGGAGACAUGGGGGCACGUGGGUGCCCUGCCUGCCUCUUGAUGUCUUGAUGGGGUAGGGAGACUUCAGGGUUUUAAAAAUCCUUUUUCUUUCUUAACCAAAGCCUGAUUCCUAAAGCUUUGUCACUAUUAAGAAAUGAAAGCAAAAUUAAAAUUGAAAAUUCCAGAGCCAGAGCUGGGGCUUCUGUUUACAGGUCUGAGGUUUGGACCAGUGACCUUGGCCCGGGGCAGCUGCCACAGGAUUUGGGGGAAACUCCACUGCUUGAUCUCUUCACACUCGGCCUACCUGGCCGGCCAGCUCUGCACAGCUUUGGACAAGGGUGGGACACAGCUGGCAGGACAGAGUAUGGCCCCAGUGGUGACUGCACA